AUGGCGGCGGCGGGGCGGCGGGACAGUGCCGGUUCCCGCUGCACCGGCUGCUGGUGGUGGCCCGGCGGGGCGAGGCGGCGGCGGCGGAGCUGGCAGUCUUGCAGUAGCACAAUCCAUCUCAUCAUCCGAGAUUUAGCUUCUCUCCAAAAUCAAGCUCAUAGUGCUUUACUCCAGGAAAUUAAAGUUUUAGUGGUGGCACAUAACAUCCCCGCCAGACUGUUCUCAGACUGGUACGUGGCAAUAGCGACGCCUCCCGUGACACGUCCCCAAGACUCAAUGCAAUUGGAGUCUACAGCAGAGGUGAUCAGAGAGUGCCUCGCCCUCCUACUCAAACUGGCAGACUGUAUUCAAAAUUUUGAGGAUGACACUGAGGAUACAAAUGAGAAUGCACACACGCUUGCACCUGAGCUGCUAAUCCCGGCAGAAGCAAUUGACUAUUUGUGUAAUGCUGAAGAAUGUGUUAGUCCAGAAGAUUUUCUGAGAAUUUAUUUAAGUCCUUCACAACCUGCCCUGGAUUCAGGUACACUGCCUACAGUUUGAGCUAAACAUCAAAUGUAGUCACAGAACUAGAAGUUGGGGCUCCUGACACUGAAUUCUGAGUUACAAGAAUUUGUUACAGUGCCAGUGCAGUGGCAGAGGAGAGCAGGACUACACCCACUACUGGGGGUCACCUUCCCUGUUAAGGGAUGUCUGAACAGGAAACACUGGGGUUGUAAACUGGGGCAUCAAGAAGAUAGCAACUAUAGUAUAUGCAAUGUGUCUUGUCAAGGCCUUUACGAAAUACAGUUUAGUUUGUAGUUAAGCCCAAGGUCUAGCUUAAUAACUUCAAUAAAAUGUCCUCUGGAGUAUUAGGGAAUUUACAAGUUAAGUAAAUGAAUUCAGCUAGUUAUAUGAACGUUACCUCAAUUGACUAGUUUCCUCUCCCCCUCUCUUUCGCAGAAACUGUGUGGCCUGUUCCAUCUCAUUUCUCCGUGUGAUAGAGGCUGUAUCCAGCGUUCCUCGGUGCAGCUCACCUCACUUGUGUUUAACGUGAAUCUACACAGUAAAGAAUAGAUGCAGGCUCAGUCCCAGGACGCUUCCACUCCAGUCCUCAGAAGAACCAGCUGACAGCCAGCGACUCCCGAGCUGCAAAGCCCAGGGAACGACCAUAACCUUCACUGUCCGCUGGAAGCAGUGGUACUCACAAACUUGAAUAAAGAUGCCUUAAGUUGA